GUGGUAUAUUGCGAUCGAGCAUACCAUACGCUAUACCUGCGUGUAAAGAUAUCCAACCUCAAUUCAAAAUUUAUUUCUUUUCGUUAGUUACGAGAAACAACAACUUACAAAUUAAACAAACAAAAAUAAAUUUAAAGCAUUAGUAUUCGAUAAAUAUGAGUGAUUCAUAAUGGUUUGGUUAAAUCGUGUACUGUUAUACGCCACAAAGCCUAAAAAACCGCUGCGUGCAUACAAGAAGACUGGUUUUCUUGAUUCAAUUCGAAUUUAUGUGAAAGCAGGAGCUGGGGGCCAUGGCCUUCCAAAAUUUGGUGGAAUUGGUGGCCAAGGAGGCAAUGUGGUAAUGAUUGCUGAUGAAAACUUAAGCCUUAAUGAUGUUGUGAAACAACACAAAACUAAACGUCUAGUUGCUGUAAAUGGCAAGAAUAGCAGUCACAACUUUAUUCUUGGACCUCCAGGUGCAGAUGCCACAAUGCAAGUGCCUGUGGGGGUGUCAGUUUAUACUGAUGAAGGCAAAAACCUUGGAGAGCUGAAUGAAGCAGGUCAGCAGUUAAUAGUUGCCAGAGGUGGACCUGGAGGACAUCCAAAGAAUGGAUUUCUUGGUGUAAUUGGUCAAGCUCGUUCCGUUCGCCUGGAUUUAAAACUAAUAGCAGACAUUGGUUUGGUGGGUUUUCCUAAUGCUGGCAAGUCCACCUUAUUAAAAGCUGUCUCCCAUGCACGACCAAAGAUUGCAAGCUACCCAUUCACGACAAUAAAACCUAAUGUUGGCCAGUUAAUGUAUAAAGAUCUGAGGCAAAUUUCCAUGGCGGAUUUACCGGGUCUUAUAGAAGGUGCGCACAUGAACAAAGGAAUGGGUCAUAGGUUCUUGAAGCAUGUUGAGCGGACAAAACUUCUUUUAUUAGUUGUCGAUAUUAACGGUUUCCAAUUAAGUCCUCAGCAUGAGCAUAGAAACUGUUUGGAUACCAUUGUCCUGUUAAACAAAGAAUUAGAAAUGUACAAGAAAGACUUGAUAGACAAGCCAUCAAUGGUUAUUAUCAAUAAAAUGGACUCAGAAGGCGCGCAGGAAAAAUAUAAUCAAGUAGUUGAUAAGAUUAGACAUCUCGAUGAAGCCAUAAUGGACUAUCCGGAAGAGUUUCGACCGGAGAGAACGUUAAAGUUUGACGAAAUUGUGCCGCUUGUAGCUAAACAGAGAGAUGAUGAACCAAAAAUUGGUGCUAGCAUUGAAUACGUAAAGGAUCGCUUAAGGAAACUUCUUGAUGUGCAUGCACUACCCGACCAAGGGAAGCAAAUUGAUGAGGAUGUUAAGUUGAAGAGUAAGUUGGAAGGAGAACUGGUUGAGCGCGCGAGAAAACUUGUAUAGCACUAAUUCGAAUUAAAUGCUUCUCCAAGAAUAGUGCCUUCAUGAUCAACAAUAGCACAGCCAGUAUCAUCACAAGAGGUUUCUAUUCCAAGAAUUGUACAUGGUCGGAAAUCUUUAUGAAGACUUCUUACCACGUAUGAUAAGGCAUUUCUUGCUGCAGGUGAAUUAACAAUGCAUUUAUAAGAUCUUAACAUUAUUUAUUAAUGUAAUAAUAAUCGAACAGUUUCAUAAACAAUUUCAAAAAUAGAAGGGUAAAUCCAGUGAGGUUAUAACACCGCACAUACAUAGCACUGAACGUAGAUUGGUUAUAUGUAUGUGCUAAUUUUGUAGUAAUUAAUAGAAUAGUACAAAUUUAAUUUUUUUUAAUAUUUAAAAGACGCUUCUAAAAGAUUCUGCUUCAUGUGUACUAAAUCAAUUAUCUCAGUAACUAACUAAACAAACUAAUGGAGACAAAAAGUAACGGAAAAUAUUAAAACAUUUAUUUAUAUUAGUUAUACAAUUAAUUUAUCAAAAUACAGUGCCUGUUCAGAGAAACACAGAAGAAAAAUGUAGGUAUAUACUAAUAUAGUCAUGUAAAUACCAUGCUGUAAAUCGGGCAAUCUUUCAUUAUUUUUAAUAAUCUACAUUUCGGGACUCCUACCUGUAUCAUUCAGAGAUGGCACUAGCAUGAACUAAAAAUCAUAAAAUAGAAUUGUAUUGUUUA